CUGUUUCCUGUAACCAUGGCAGCAGGAAGCGCGCUCCAAUCAGGUUUGCGGCGUUGUGUGUUCAGGAAGUGGCCCGUUUCCUCUGUUCCCGCCGGUUUCCUCUCCGUCGCUGCAGAGCCGCUCAGCGGGUCGGCUUGGAUUUAUUUACCCCAAACUGCUGCCACUUAUGGUUCAGAUUGGUGAGAAUCGAUGGAGUUCAAGUCAAACGACAUCACUUCCUGUCUGUGAUCCCCCCUGGCAGCGAUGCCCCUCAGCCAGCUGGUCACCAGCAGCUCCUGCCUCCAGGCUCCUCCUCCGCCCAGCCGGGUCGCCGCCGGCCCGGUCAGGGGGACGGAGCGGCCCCCGGAUCGGCCCCCGGAGCCGCCGAGGAGCUGCGGCUCGGCUGGGAGGAGCUGCUGGAGUCCGGACCUGAAGGUGGCGCUGCUGCUGGUGACGCUGGCUGGAGCCGUGAUCCUGCUGCUGCUCUACAGGCUGCUGCAGCUCAGGCACAGACUCAGGCUGGCCCAGGCGGGACACGCCCUGGAGUACAGCAGCUUCUACCACAGCGCCACCUACAGGCUGACGCAGCCCACCGCCUGCCAGGAGAUCCCCACCAAGAACGGGUCUCUCCCUCCAGAACCGGCUCCCAUCCAGACCAUCACCACCAUCACCCCCGUCGUCCCGCCGCCUUCCCUGCCCCUCCCGCCGACCCCGCCUGCAGCGCCCCCGCCUGGCCUGCGGCCGCCGUCGCUGCCUCUGAUCCACGCCACGCCGCCCAGCCCCCACCUGUCCUGGGGCGCCUGCUCGGACGGCGACGUUUACUCUCGGAUCGGAGCCUUCCGGCCCUCCAGGCUGUCCAGCCUGUCCAGCAGGUCCACCGUCAUCCUGUUCGAACACUCGGCCCUCUGAACCCUCGGGUCAGAGGUCGUUCAUCAGGAAAUUGUUUCUGCAAAAAAACGAUCAGUUUUGUUGUUGGACUGUAACUUAUAUUGUUUAAACAAAACAAUUUUACAACAAAGUGUCAGGAGCCAUAAUGAUAAAAAAAAUAAAAUGUCUUAAUAUUUGAAGAACAAUAAAAUCUCAUUAUUACAACAAUAAAGUCAAAAU